CUCCAUCUAUCCACUUCCCUUGUCCAUCAUGUUUGUUUCAAAGACUGCUGUUGCCGCUGUACUUGCUUCGUUGGCUGGUGCGAAUGCGUUGUCCGGGUAAGCGGCGAAAUGCAUCAUCGAACCAUGUGCAUGAAUUGACAGCCCCGUGUAGCUCUUGUACCUCUGAGCUGGCCUUGUUGGCACUCACAGGUCCCAUCUCGGAGUGUCUCCAACUCACAAGCUUGCUGCCAGUCAUUUCAGGCUCUGGAUCCGUGAUCCCAAGUCUGAACUCGUACUUGAGCUCAAUCUGCUCUUCUAGCACUCCUCGAUGCUCUUCCUCUGCUCUGCAAUACGCCAACGGCAACCUCACCAACUCCUGCUCCUCUGACCUCAGCGGAGGAGGCAACGAUGCCACUGAGAUAGAGGCUUUGCAACAACUCUUGAUGCACUACGACAACGUCUACGACGCUGGAUGUGCGAAGAACAGCACUGAGAACCAAUACUGUCUCACUUCCACCCUCUACCAAGUCCAGAACUCGACCGGACAACAAAUCACCACCUCCUUCUUGACAUCCCUCUUGGCUGGAUCUGGAGACGGUCUCUCGCAGAUUGAGCAGACCUUCUCAAGUGGAAGGCUGUGCACUGGAUGUGUAAAGACCAUCUACGAGCAGGCCGUUGAUGCCAACUCUUCAAUCGCAAACUCGGCUAUUGCUAAGGACUUGAGCAACACUUGCGGAAGCAGCUUCAUUGAUUGUAUGUUUUCAAUUCAUCCUGCUCGAUGUGGCUCCGGUUGAUGAUCUUUCACUUUCAGCGUCUGCCACUGCGACCGGCGUAUCGGCUGUCUCCACGUCUGCCGCUGCUACUUCAGGCUCAAGCAGCUCAUCAAGCUCCAGCAGCACCCACGGUGCCGCGGCAUCCGCUUACAACCUUCCUUCCGCUAUGCCUACCCUCGUCGGAGGCAUGGUCUUGACCGUUGCUGCUGUUCUUGGAGGGACCAUGGUCCUUUGAAUUGUCUGAGUCUUCAAGCAAGGGAGAGAAGGACCCGCAUGAUUAUCUUGUCUGGACACGGAUGAGCGAUACACGAACUCGACACGAAAGCUUCGAGAUCUUCUUAGAAUCAAUGCUAGUUAUGAAUCAUGUUGUUGCACAAGCAGAUUGAAACGGCGUAACCUGGGUCCCCACACUGCGAAAUCUUUUCCCAUCAUCCAUUGGUGUACCCCUGAUCUACCUUCCUUUGCUCAUGGCUUGGGGAGGACCAGAUCGAUUCUCUCGCACAGAGGCAAUUGCC